AUGUCUACCGAGUGUUCCUCCAUGCAUGAUGAAGGUGGCAUCGAUCCCAGCGGUCCUUCCAUCCAACAAAUUGCCGAUGACGAUUCCGAUGCUGUCUCCAUGAACAUAGAAUUAGCUCGCAGGGCCGCUGCAAUUAGCGCUGCUCGAAACGGCACAGAUGGAAUGUACGCAGCCGUUAGCAUGACCUCACGUUUUGCCCGUGAAUAUCACCUUGAGCUCAUCGACGCAGUCACCAAAGCUAAAGCUAGUGCGAUUGAAGCAUCUGCUAUUGAGGCAUCUGCCAUUGAUGCAUCUGCAAUUGAAGACGCGAGCACCCCUGGAGAGACCGUGAAGACUGGCUUUGUUCCGCGGCCCGGUUACAUACAGCCCGCUGACCUCAUGCAAGACGACAAGACCGCCGCCAUCAACUUCAUGUGCGACUACUUCAUGAAUGAGAAUGAGCUUGAGGAAUCCCAUGACGAGCCAUUCACUGGUGCCAUCGAAUACGUCCGUGGAGUGACCAGCAUGGAGUGGGCUCAUGCCCUCUAUCUGGAUCAGUUGUAUCGACACUGGCAGUAUCUUGAACGCAAAAAGGCCGAAGAACGCGAGAAUAACAAGCAGCCCGCGCGCACAAUCAAGGAAUGGGAAGAGGAGCUGGAUGAGUACAGGCGCCAACUCACUGAUUCCGAUUCUCCCCAGAGCGCCAAAUUCCGCAAGAUCAUUAUGGCUCUAAUCACUCUCCGUUAG